AUACGAACUAGUGCAAACACGGUCAUCGUACGUUACACAAUCAUGGAGCUUCACGGGUUAUCUGCAGUGCUAUUUAUUGUGAUACAUUUAACAGUGAGCAGGGCAGACGAACUAACUUUAUUAAGAGAUGAAAUUGCGGACAUCAGAAACAUUUUGGGACACCAGAAGGAAAAAAUCAUACAACUUGAGAGCGUUAACGAGGCUCUGAAAACCAAGAUUUUUGAAAUGAAUGAAAACAACGAAUUUUUGAAAAAUAAAGUCACGGAUUUAAACUAUAAAAAUGAGGUUUUGGAGAAUGAUGUUAAAGAUUUAAAGGCAAAAAGAGCAAAACUGGAUGAAGUUCUAGAAAAAGACAAUUCAUUUUCGCCGGAGAACACGAUGCAGGAAAAAACGACGGAAUCCUCCGAAUUAUCCCGAGGACGCCGCCUUCUGUUGACAAAUUCAGCUUCUCCAUCCGUGGAACCGAUAGCCUUCUACGCUUAUAUGUCCAAAUCAGAACCUGCACCUAGCGUUCACCAUACAUUGGUCUUUGAUGUCGCGAAAACAAAUCUCGGAAACGGAUACAAUAAAUACAGCGGGACGUUUGUCGCACCCGCAGCGGGGGCGUAUGUGUUCACCUGGACAAUCAACACUAACCCACAUGGCGCACACUUCAUCAACUUGAUGGUCAACAAUGCGGUUGUUGGGGGAUCUCUGACAGACACACAAGACACUGGCGACUACGACUCGGACUCGUCCACUGUGGUGGUCGCCUUAAACACGGGGGACAGUGUCAAUCUCCGGACCACAAGUGCAAGUGACCGGGCUCAAAUCUACGUUGAUAUUCACGCUUUCACGUGCUUCUCAGGAUGGAGAAUUUAAUAUAAAUUAUAAAUAACAACGCAAAGGUCACUUGUUAUUCACCAUUCUUAAAGUUUACUUUACACAUUAUUUCAGUUUUUGGUAAAGCACAUCGAUGCUAGAAAGCAUAUAUAUGUAUAUACCUUUUAGGUUACUCUUAUGGGUUAUACUUUAUACAAAUCAAUAAAUAACAACAACAAA